AAAAGUCUAGAAGAGAGAUAAAAUGUAUUAGCGCAAAAUCAAAGGAAAGAGAAAAAGUGCAUAAAACAAUUCAGAUUCGUUGGAGUCACUAGGGUGAGGGAGACUGAGGUUAUUCAACGAGUCUGAGGUCUCCCUCACCCUAGUCUAGUGAGCCCCUACUCCAAGUCACCUACCUAAACUUUUGUUCAUCAUCUCUAUAUUCAAACUACUCUUGCACAUAGAACAACAAAUAACAAUGGAGGAAAAAAUUGAAGAACUAUGGAGAGAAAUCAGAGAAGUAAGUUUAGGAAACAAUGGAAGUAUAGAAAGAUUAGAAUCUCCACCAACACCACUUCAAUUCCUCAAAAACUUCAUCACCCCAAACAAACCCUGCAUCAUUUCCAACUCCAUCACACACUGGCCAUCACUCUCUCUUUGGGCCAAUCCUUCCUAUCUCACUCAAACCCUCUCUUCCACCACCGUCUCCCUACACCUCACUCCCACCGGCGCCGCCGAUUCUCUCACCACUCUCCCCUCCUCUUCUUCCCUCUGUUUCGCCUCCGCACACGUCCAGCGUGUCCCAUUCCCUGAAGCACUCCGUCUCAUCAAUUCAUCAAACCCUUCCAAAUGUGUGGCUUACGCGCAGCAGCAAAAUGAUUGCUUUCGUUCUGAAUAUUCUUCUCUUGCGCAAGAUUGUGAUUCGGAUAUUUGUUGGGCUACUGAAGCUUUUGGUUCGGAACCUGAAGCUGUUAAUCUUUGGAUUGGUAAUCGAUAUUCCUCUACUUCGUUUCAUAAGGAUCAUUAUGAGAAUUUGUAUGCUGUUGUUUGUGGUGAAAAACGGUUUCUUUUGUUUCCUCCUACUGAUGUUCAUAGAUUCUACAUUCGUCAUUACCCUGCUGCUACUUAUUCAUAUUCUGAGGAUACUGGAGAGUUUGAUUUGGAACUUGAGAAGCCGACUAGGUAUGUGCCUUGGUGUAGUGUGGACCCUUUUCCUUCACCGGAGAACUUAGAGGACGAGAUUUCCAAGUUUCCUUUAUACUUCAAUGGCCCUCCACCCUUUGAGUGUACUGUCAAGGCUGGAGAGAUUCUCUACUUGCCAAGCAUGUGGUUCCAUCAUGUUAGACAGAGUGGGGAAGAUGGAGAAUUAACUAUUGCAGUAAAUUAUUGGUAUGAUAUGCAGUUUGAUAUUAAGUAUGCUUAUUUCAACUUCUUACAAUCGAUUGAUUACCGAAAUCCUACGAUUCCAAUGAUGCCCGAGAAAUUGUGCGAAGAGAUAGAUUCAGGUCCUGAUGACGAUGACACUAGAUGAGUUCUCAUUUCUCAGCCGGUGAUAUUCUGCAAUGUGAGGGCUUCAAGCCAAUGCCAAGGACCAAAAAAGUCAAGGUCGCAUGAGCAAACACAAUAGAAACGAAGUGGGGAAACAUUUUCCCAAAGCAUGCAAUGCAACUACUUAUUUGCUGUUAUCUUGACUUGUGCCAAGUGCCAACACAAUUUUGUCCUGUCCUUCAUUUGUAUCAUAUGAUAUGAUGUCAAUUCACCCCUUUACCAUGUCUCCUUUCUGGUGGGAGUAUUGUAACAAACCUGGUUGAGGAAACUGUCCCAAAACAAACAUCUAUAGCUUUUCUUAGAUGGAUUUUUCUAAUUGCUUUUCACUUUUUAA